AUGGCAUCGCCAUAUGCUUUUCAAAACCACCACCAGGCGUCUAGUCCAGCGAAUGGAGCCUAUACCCGCUAUAACCCGGCCUUAUACCCGGGCGGCCUCGGAGGUGGAGGAGGAGGAGGAGGAACAGGCGGAGUUGUGAGCGCGCCCACAGCCGCGACCACUCCGGCCACUGCGGUCGCAUCUCGCGGGAAAUGGUGGAGGAUAUGUUCCAAGACCGGCUGCUGGAGGAGACGCCCCCCCACCGCCAUACUCCCCACCGCAGCCACAGAGUUCACGACAACAUCUGAACCCCCGUCUACAGCUGAGCCCACCGCAUCAGCGCCAGAACUCAUGGCAAUACAGCAAUGGGAACACCCCAAUAUCGCCCGCUGCGCAUGGCCACUCACCAAUGAUCACCCCCUCAACUGCCUCAACCCAAACAUUCUCCCCCCUCUUCUCCCAUGGCCCAUCUGCAUCGGGUUGGAACAGCCCCUCGCCCCGGCGGCGGAACUACUCCCCCCCAACGCAUCGGGAACCCCGCAAACCUACGCACCCUCCGGCCUCCAACAAGCCACCUACCCCUCCCCCGACGCCGCCGUCCCCCCCAGCCCCGUCGUCUCCCCGCGCUCUAGCUCCCGUGGCCCUAACGGCAUCCCACCACCGCCCCCAGGACCCCCACCAAUGCGCCGCGACACCUCCCCCAUGCCGAGCCCCCCCGCACGCCGAACACAGAGCACGAGUAACGCAGCGGCCGUCAUGCAGAUGGGUAUGGGUAGUGGGCUCCGCUCGCACUCGAACUCGCCGCACGACCGCGCGCAGCAGCAUCCGCCAGCAUCAACAAGAGCAGACUCACUCACGAGGAUACCGCCCCCGCCGCCGGGACCGCCGCCAAGAGAUAACUCGGUUCCGCGGGGCACCAUGGCUCCAGGAGCGGUACGGGGCGAUUCGCGCAGUCGCGGGAGUAUACCGCCGCCGCCACCGGGGCCACCGCCUAGGAAUGCGAGUGUGCCGAGACAGGGGCCGACGCAGGUGAGGUCAGUGUCGUCGCCGGUGCCGAAUAGGAUGCAGAGUAGGUCGCCGCCGCAGAUAGGUAGGUUGAGUGCUGGGAAUGGAAAUGGGAGCUUUGAGGUUACGGCAGCGACGAUAUCGCCCGGUGCGACAACGACGAGUACGUCGCCGCCGCAGCCGCCACCGAAGCGCAAGAUGGAGGGAGAGCAGGCGCCGUAUAAGAAGAGCUCGCCGGGGCCGAGGGAGAGAGAUGACGAGGAGGAGGCGGUGCCGCGUGACGAGAAUAACAACCCGUGGAAGCAGAGCAUGAACCCGCCCAUCUCGAGCCCCACAAGUGAAGUUCACGGCCACGGGCGCAGAAACAGCGGACCGAUCGCACCAAGGAUCGACACAUCUGCCGCCCCAUUGAUUGACUUUGAGCGCGACUCGACGCCGCAGUCGUCCUCAAGGGGCCCGCAGUUCUUCUCGCAGGUGCGCCGGAAACCGUUGAAAUUCAUCACGCCAUCGCCUGUGACCGAGGAGCCGCCAAAGCAGCUGCCGACACCGCCGCCGGCGGGUGAGAGAGAUGGCAGACGGACGCGGCCGGUGUCGCAUCUGCUGCAUAUCCCGACGCCGACUGACACGCGGCUGCAGGCGCCGCUGCUAAAGGAUGAGGAGGCGAUGGACAGCUUUUAUAACUCGGCGCUGGAGCGGCACCGCAAGAUGAUCAGGCAGGAGGCGGCGGCGCAGAACGACGAGAAGCGCGUGAAGCUGUGGAUGGAGUUUGUGGUGCGCGAGUGCCAGUUGCGCGAGGAGCAGUAUCCUGAGGCGGUCAAGAAGAUGAAGGCGUCUAUCGUUGCGCAGCUGGGGACGGCGUUUUCGGUGCCGGAGCGGACGCAGGAGUUGUCUCCGAUUUCGCCGGUGUUGAGGGGUGGGGUGGACGGCGAUGUGGAGAUGGGGAACUCGGAGGAGGCGAACAGGAGGAAGAGGCCUGAGUCGCAGUGGUGGGGGCAGUACAUCAAGAACGAGGCACGCAACAACAACCACCACAGCGACGAGCACAACGACCCAGCACUCGAGGCCAGGAUCAGGGACGAGGAGUCUUCUCGCGGGAGGACUUCUUCACGAUGGUGGGAGGCAAGUGUCGAGGGAUCGCAGAGUGACUAUCAUGCGGUGCGCUCAGAUGGCAUGGGAGAGGACGAGUUUGGCUUUGGACGUGGAGGGCACCGGUAUCCCCGCGCUGCCCGGGCAUCUUUGAAGGAGAUUGCAGAGAACGUUGCAUCGACACCCCGCAACCACAUGUUCCCCAGCGACUACGCGGGAAGCUCCGCCUAUCCCCCGGACCGCAAAUACUCACGCUCACGGUCCCGCCCUGCGCAGUCACGCACACGCUCCAUGCCCCCACGGCCCGUCAAGACAAGCCUCGACAUCGCACCGCUGCUGACGCUUCUCCCGCCCUUCCCGCGCGAGUACCCGGCCGUCAACAACUCGCACCCGCAACUCGCCGUGUUCCGCAACCUCGUCCGCACGCUCAAUGACCUCUCGAGCGUCAACGCCGUCAAGCGUGACUUCAACGCGGCCUCCACGGCACGCAAGGAAACACUCGCCAUGGAGGCCCACAAGCGCCGCACCCAGCACUCGGACUACAUCCAGCAGCUCUACGCCUCCGACAGCGCCGCCAGCAACGGCCCCAGCAAGCGCUUCAGCUUCGGGCAGGUCGAGUCUCUCAACAGCGACUUCCAAGCCCGCGAAGACACAAUCACCGCCGACUCCCUCCGUACCGAAUUCGACCUCUUCCAAACCCGCGUCGUCGACCCCACGCACACAGACCUACAAGAACGCAUCUCUGCCGCCUCAGCCGCCUAUGCUGACCUCGUCCGCGAAAUCAAGACCUCCGCCGACUCCUCCCACCAUGGCACCACCCACCAGCAGGAAGGCAACGAGCUCCCCGAGCUCCUCGAGAAGCUAACAUGCCUAAAGUGGCUCUUCGACGUGCGCGAGCAGCUGCACCGCGAGCUCUACGACCUCCUCGCCGAGCGCACCCGCCGCUACAAGGAGGUCGUCAUCACGCCCUACUUUGUCACCCGGCAAGCCGACAAGAUCCGCGAAGCCGAGGACUACUUCAACCGGGAAGAGGCCGCCCGCCGCACGACCGCGGACACCGAGUCGCUCGAGCGCUACGCGGGCUUCCUCGACGUCGUCGAGCACAACUGCAUGAAGGGCGUCGAGGCGCAGAUCUCGGCGUUCUGGGAGGUGGCGCCGCUCAUCAUGGAGAGCCUGGAGAAUAUCCCGCUGGAUUUGACGAACGUGCACCCGAUUGUGCCGCCAGAGGAGUUUCAUGAGAACCCUGCGUACCUAAGGGAGCCGCUGAGGUAUCUGUUGGCGAAGAUACAGCAGGCGGAGAGGUCGGUGUAUCAGUUUGUGGAGGGGCAGACGAACUUGUUGUGUCUGCUGCAUGAGAUCAAGACGCUGAAUGUUGCGGCGGUAUGGAAGGUGAAGGCGGCUGGGGACCAGAAGGUGCAGGAUGAGGGGAGGGAGAGGGAGGCGGCGGUGCUGACGGAGGAUCUGAAGGAGAAGGUGAAGAUGUUGGAGAGUGAGUGGCAUGAGAGUUUGGGGAAGCAGUGUGAGGAGAUUAAAGAGCGCGUGGGGAGGUUUGUGGGGCCGGAGGUGGUGCCGACUACGCCUGUGGUGUAG